ACAAAAAACCUCGGUACCUCGGUUCCCAAACAGGAAAAUUAAAAAUAUCAAAAGCCUGUCACUACAUCUAUGCUCCGUAUCCCCUGUCUGUGAGCCAACCUUAUUUCUCAGUUCCCACUACCAUAUCGCCAUCUGAAUCUAAUACCCCAACCUCAACCCCAAUCACCAACCUCAACAUGUUCGACUCCAUCAACCUCAGCAUCGCCUCCCUCCCCUUCACCCUCCUCCUCUCGGCCCUGCCUCACUGGUACACCAUUUACCUUGCGCAGUCCCAAAAAGUCCAAGGCGGCUGGACAAAUCAGAACCCGCGCGCUUUUGUGGCGCGCCUGAAUGCCAAGGCUGCGAGCGGCAAGAAACUGAGCGAGGUCGAGGAGACGAUUUUGAGAGGCCAAGCUGCGCAGCAAAAUGGGUUUGAGUGGUGGGGCGUUUGGGGGGUCGCUGUUGUGUUUGGCUACUUGAUGAAGGAACCUAAGGCGAGCAUGGACUAUUAUACCAUGGUGCAUGUGGGUGCGAGGGUGGCGUAUAAUUACCUUUACCUGAGGACGAGUCGGAGGAAGACCAGCUAUUUGCGCACGGUAGCGUUCUGGGCGGCGUCGUAUCCCUCAGUGGCGAUUCUGUGUCGUGCGGCGAAGGUGCUUGCGUAAGUACUUGCGCGGGUUUGGGGAUAAGAAGGUGGGGUGGCUGGGAGCUUUAGAUGUAGUGUUCCUGUAUUUCCA